UUUCCUGGCUCCGCCCCGGCCCUUGCUUUGUCUUCUAGUGAAACCACUGCCUCGUGACGUCACUCUGUCUGCUGGUGUUCGGCCGUUCCUGUCGCUGCCGAGGAGUAACUGUUCCGGUGUCUCCGUUACCUGCCCGUGGAGGAAGGAGGAUCCAUAAUGUCUUUGUAUCCAUCACUCGAAGACCUGAAGGUUGACAAGGUCAUCCAGGCUCAAACUGCAUUUGCGACAAAUCCUGCAACGCCAGCAAUUUUAUCGGAGGCUUCGGCAUCCUCCUCAUCUGCAUCUCAGUAUGGAGGCCUGUACCCUAAACUGUACCCCGAGCUGGCUCAGUACAUGGGUUUAAGUUUGAGUGAAGAUGAAAUACACAAGAAUAUGUCAAUGGUGCCGUCAGCUGGGAUGCAGGUAGCAAGACCAUCAGCCAUGAAUAACAUGGUAGCUCCUGUGACUGGAAGCGAUGUGGGAGUCCGCAGAGCAGAGAUAAAGCAGGGGCUUCGGGAACUUAUAUUGUGUAAAGACCAGGAUGGAAAGAUCGGCCUCCGCCUCAAGUCCAUUGACAAUGGUAUUUUUGUGCAGCUCGUACAAGCCAACUCUCCAGCUUCUUUAGCCGGUCUAAAGUUUGGUGAUCAGGUUCUUCAGGUCAAUGGUGAAAACUGUGCCGGCUGGAGCUCUGACAAGUCUCAUAAAUUUCUGAAGCAAGCUGCAGGGGACAAAAUAAAUGUGGUGAUUAGAGACAGGCCAUUUGAACGCACCAUCACAAUGCACAAAGACAGCAGCGGGCACAUUGGGUUCAUUUUCAAAAAUGGCAAAAUAACCUCCAUUGUCAAGGACAGCUCUGCUGCAAGAAAUGGCCUUCUUACCGAACACAACCUGUGUGAAAUUAAUGGCCAGAAUGUCAUUGGAUUGAAGGACUCCCAAGUUGCUGACUUGCUUGCUAGCUCUGCAAAUGUGGUUACCCUGACCGUUAUGCCGUCUUAUAUCUUCGAGCACAUGGUGAAGAGAAUGGCUUCCAGCGUGCUGAAGAGCUUGAUGGACCACUCUAUUGCAGACGUUUAACGUUCUUUUACCCGGUCUUAAGACUUGGCUGAGCUGGAACGGACUUUCCAUUAAGCAGGCGGCAGGGUAUCCUCUCUGAGAGCAAGAUUUGUACUUCAGCAUGCUAACCUUUUUGCAUUGUAUAAAAUAGCAAAUCCUUUUGCUGUCAGUUCUAUCCAGUAUCUGCUGAUUUACCUUCACCAGGUAGAAAUCUGCGUAACUUCCAUUUAAUCCAGAACCUGUUUACAGCCCUUCGUAUCUAGUCCUGUAAGAUGCCGAAUGAGAGUUAUACAGUAUAUUUUGAUUACUAGUCUCACAGCUGAUGUUUUGCAUAUAGAUUGUCUGCCAUGGUAAAUGCACCGUAUGUUUAAUGACCGAGAAAAUGCACUAUAUUCAUAGGCGGCAAGAGUAAAAUGCUGUAAUUUUAUAUCCUCAAGAGCUAUUUUCCUAUGUACGGAUCAUGUUAUAUUUGCAUGCCAGUUUUUGCUAUAUAGAUAUGCUAUUUAUGUUGCAAAAUGAUUAAAAUAUUAAGACGGUUA